AUGUCAUGGAGCUUAUUCAGUAAAUCAACUGCAACAACAACAACAACAACAACAACAACAACAACAACACAACAACAACAACAACAACAACAACAACAACAACAACUCCCGACAUUAUAUGACCCGCAAAUACCUACAACCUCAUAUGAGCAAUCAUCACUAUCGAACAUUCAACAAUCUCAUCAUCCAGUAUCGAGUUACUAUGAUUCAUCAUUGUCACAUUAUCCCGCACCUCGUGUACCAUAUCCGUCGAUGUCAACACCAAAUAGUCCAAUGAGGAUUCAAAUAAAAUGUGAGCAACAACAAUCACAUCCUUUACCACAAUCACAAUUUCCGGAACGAAUUGUAUCAACGAUUGAUAAUCGAAAGAUAAUGAAUACGCAAGCUUGGAUGAGUGAUCAUCGCUUUAUCAGUUAUCCUCAACAACAACAACAACAACAACAGUAUAGGACCGGAUCAGCGCCAUCAUCAAUCAUGUCAAUGUCUCGUAUGAGUCAUGUAAGUAGCGCAACGGAAGAUAUGAGUAUGUUAAGUGUUAACACACAAAUUACAGAACUUCGACAAUUGGCUGAUUUGAGGGUGCAAAUGCAUACAUCAGCGCCAUCAUCCUCAUCUUCUUGUGUUGAAAAUAUGGGACCAGAUCAUAUUAAAUUUAUUGAAACAGUCAACAAAUAUAUCGAAAAAAUAACUGCUCACGUAAAUAAUAACGAUAAACAAUAUAUGUUACUCAUUGAAAUUGAUUUACAGAAAGUAGCACAAGAAAUGGUACGAGCUGUGUUUAUGAUGGCAACAAGAAAUGAUUUUGAGCGAGCUGAUAUUGAUAAAUUAGAAAAAAUGAUGAAAACGUUGAUACAGCGAUGGUUAAGACAAAACGAUACUGAAGAUGAUAUAGUAGAAACAGUUUUACGGAUAAUGACGCGAUUCUCUGCUGAUGGUAAAACGAAACAAAUUAUGUCAAAGUGGAUGGCACAUUAUCCGGAUGAAUUACUCGAAACAUUUGUACGAUGGAUGGAUCCAAUACAAAAAUCUUGUAAAUAUGCUUUGAAUAUUGUUCAUUCAUUGGUUGGAAUGGUGGAACGACAUCGAUAUGGGAAGGAUAUUAAGGAACAAAUUCUCUCUCGCACCACACGUGUAAUGAAAGAAAUGGAUGAAAAGGGUGAUCAAUACUUCAUUAAUACUUAUAAAUCAAAACAGUAUGUUUUUGAUCUUGUUCGACGUGUUUUCAACGGUAGCGAUACAUGGAGG